ACGCCGCUGCCACUCUGCUGUGAAUGAAGUGCGCGGUGUCUAGUACACUACAGGCUUUUUAAAAGCUUACUUGGCCGUCCUAGUACGGUUGUCCUAUUGAUCGGGCAACGAGCAUCACUCACAGUAGGCCGCGCAGUCAUCAUGUUGUUUCGCUCGGAUACAGAACUUUCUGCAAUUAAAAGUACUUUUGCAGUCGAUAAAAAUUAAUAAAGCGAAAACUUAAAACAAACGAAUGCCGUUACAUAUGCGAAACUGUUACCGUUUACAGAACUGUGAAAUGAUAAUCAUCUAAGGUCGAUUAGGUUCCAGACAGAAAUCCCAAGAGCAACAGCAACAGCCGGUCCAGCAGCAGCAGUAUUCAGGUAGUCAUCACAAUAGAGAAGCACCGGGGGACAGAGAAGACUGGAAACCUGGGAUGCUGGGUUCUGACCCUCCCAGGGAUAGUGGUCGAAGACUUCAUCAACAGCUUUCGGGCCUGUCGUCAUCCAAUUCUUCAGAUGAUGAGGAUGCAAUCAAUUCGGAUGCCACAUACACCGGAUCAGAAGUGGCAUUCGCUCGUGAAAGUACUUUGGUUCUGCCUUGUAGACGUCUGAUGGACAAUACUUCUGGUAUAGUCACUUCCCACAAACAUUCAAUGGGAAAACCAGGGAGCAAAGGUCCUCAGAAUUUAGGGGCCAAUAAUAAUGCUCUAAACUCAGGGGAAAAUGCCCCGGAAAAUCAGAUACGUGAGAAUGACCCAGAUUUCGCAUCAUGUUUGGCCCGAACACCUUCAGGCUCCAUUUUUAUACCUAGCGAUGUUCCCAAGCUCCCAUCAUCAGCAAAAAAGAGUGAGUCAAGUGCAUCUCAUUCUGCUUCUCACCAUGGGGAUGCAAAAAAUGCAGAAGGGUACCACCUGCCAUAUCCUUCAACAACUUCUGUGCCUGUUAUCCCCGUCCGCAAUAACCUGAGGCGUCCAUUGUCCAGUCGAUUCAGUCAUUCUCGAUUUCAGUUUAGAAAAACACUUUCAUCAAGAUGCACUUGGAAAUGCACAGCAAUUAUUUUCAUGUUUUUAUCAUUGGUCCUUUUAACAUCUCUUACAUAUUUCAUUGCAGUUGCAGUUCUGAAUUGGCAGUAUGCAAAUAAGCACCCAUGUCCUGUGAUGAUAGAAGAUAUGGGAAGAACUAGUGAAGGAACAGAAAUCAAAAGUAUGUACCCUUUAUGCAAAUGUAAUCAAAAGUAUGUACCUCAUAUCAAUUCACGCAGAAUUCGAGAAAUAAAUAAAUUACUUCAGUCACCAGAGAGUGAUAGUAUUUCAUCUUUUUCAAAAUCUGCCAAUGAUGAAUUUGGUAUGGAAGCUAGUGGUGAGGUUCCAGAUGUCAUUCCAUCUGACCAAAGUCAACUGAAAUCAGAUAAUGCACCUGAUGUAGCUCUUAUUGAUGAGGAUUUUAUAGUAUAUAAGAAAAAUGAAUCAAAAAGCAAGAUCAAAAGGGAAAAUGUUCCACCACCUGCCGAAUUGAUACGUAAAGAUGAUACUGGGAAGUUAAACAACAUAAUGUCAAGCCCUCAGGCGUAUGUGCAGGAUCCUACAUCCAUAUUUCUCAAUCAUUAUGAUCCUAAUGAGACAUCAAAUGAAAUUCUUGUACAUGAAGAAAGUGUAAUUGAACCACCAAUUUUACUGCCAGAUAGUGAAGAGGUCACAAAUGACAUUAAGUAUCCUGAGUAUGAACAAGUUGACAAACAUUACACACCAGAUACUAAAUCUCCAAUAUAUACUACUGUGUCUACAAAUAUUCUAGAUGUAAUAUCGGAUGCUUCAACUUUAAAUAGUAAUUCUAGUUAUGAUACCACUCUUUUUAUGGAUAAUGAAAAAAAUAAUACUCCCGAUUAUAUGGAACAACCUAUUUUGAACAUCAGUAAUACAAAUAAUGUUGUAGAAUCAACUACAAGUGCUUAUAAUAAAUUAUCCAAAGUCUCUACUUAUAGUACUGAGAAGCUUUCAACAGCAGCUAAUGACACAGGAAGUACAGUUGAUGACUCUGCUUCAGAUGUUGUUACUGAAGCUGCUACUGCAGCUUCCAUUGACAAUGAUGCUGUAUUUCUUGGCACAACUUCUGAUGACCUUAUGUUUGGCCCAUCUUCUCUACCAUCUAAAACAUUACCACCUACAACAGAAACCUUUUCAGAAGUAUAUUUGGGGAAAAUGUAUUCGCGUAAAGUAGAGUCAUUUGGUCACUGGAACAUACAUUUUCAGCAGCAUGUACCAUCUCUAGUUCGAUUUAAUUAUUCACUUCCCGAAGGUGCUAGCAUAGGUAUAUAUGGUAGAAGAAAUGGUAUUCCAACUCAUACAAGGUAUGAUUUUGUUGAGAUUUUGGAUACAAGAAAAAAAGAUAAAAGCAAGAGAUCUGCUAAGCAGGAUUACUUCAUUAUGGAGUUUGUACAGUUUUUGGAUCAAGGCUCUUGGUAUAUAUCUGUAUAUAAUGAUGGAGAACAGCCACAACUUGUUGCCUUUAUACCCAAUUUGACUGACCAAUCUAGUCUUCCAUGUCCUUAUGAUUGCCAUGGGCAUGGUACCUGUGUCAUGGGUAGCUGUAUUUGUGAGCCUGACUUUGCCGGUGAAUCAUGUUCAAGUCGUGUUUGUCCUGUUUUGUGCAGUGGUCGUGGGCAUUAUAUAUCUGGUGAAUGUUUUUGUAGUCCAAGUUGGAAGGGAAAAGAAUGUCAGCUACGGGAAGAUGAAUGUGAAGUUCCAGACUGUAAUGGUCAUGGAGACUGUAUUGAUGGAGUAUGUCGCUGUUUUCCUGGUUAUAAAGGAUUUCAUUGUGAGGAAGUUGACUGCCUUGACCCGGCUUGUUCAGAGCAUGGAACAUGUGCAAAUGGAAUGUGUAUUUGUCGAAAAGGCUGGAAAGGCGCUGACUGUGGUGAACCUGAUUCAGAUUCUCUUCGAUGCUUACCUGAUUGUUCUGAACAUGGACAUUUUGAUGUAGAACAACAGCGCUGUAUUUGUGAUGAUCACUGGACUGGACCAGAUUGCUCACAAGAACGAUGUGAUUUAGAUUGUGGCUUCCAUGGUCGGUGCCAAGGAAAUGUUUGCAUUUGUAAUCCUGGUUGGUCAGGAGCAAAGUGCAAUGAAAAGCAAUGUGAUCCCCGUUGUUUGGAGCAUGGUCAGUGUGUAAAUGGAUCUUGUCUUUGCAUUCAGGGUUGGAAUGGAUACUACUGUACUUUAGAGGGAUGUCCACAGUCAUGUAAUCGUCAUGGGACAUGCAUUAGAGUUGGUGAAGAUUGGCAAUGUAAAUGUGAUGAAGACUGGUCUGGAGAGAGUUGCAGUAUUCCUUUAGAAAAGAUUUGUGAUGACAAAAUAGACAAUGAUGGAGAUGGUUUAAUUGACUGUGCUGACAGUGAAUGUUGCAAAUCUAAAGCAUGUGAAGGUAAUCCUCUCUGCUUCUCAUCCCCUUCACCUUUGGAUAUAUUAUUGCGUAAACAGCCACCUGCUGUCACAGCUUCUUUUUUUCAACGUAUGCAGUUUCUUAUUGAAGAUGGUUCUGUCCAAAGCUAUGCACAUAAAACUGCAUUCAAUGAAAGUAUGUUUUGGAAUAAUUUCAAUGCCAGUCGAGUUGCUGUGAUUCGUGGUUGUGUCGUAAGCACCUUAGGAAAUGGUUUAAAAGGUGUGAGGGUUGGUGUAGGUUCUGAUCAUAAACUAGGAUUUACCAUUACUAGAGAUACUGGUUGGUUUGAUCUAAUGGUUAAUGGAGGUGGAGCUGUUGAUCUGCAAUUUCAGAGAGAACCAUUCAGACCCCAUGAGCACACAGUUGUUGUUCCAUGGAAUGAAAUUGUUGUCGUUGAUAAAAUAAUUAUGAAAAUCAAAGAUGAAACGUCUCCUGAUCACAGAUCUAAUCUGUGUUUGGAGCAUGAUUACGACAAUAUGAAGCCUGUAGUCUUAGCAACUUGGAAACAUGGUUUUCAAGGUGGUUGUCCUGAUAAAAGUGCCAUAUUAGCUGAAUCUCAGGUUGUUCAAGAAAGCUUGUCCAUACCAGGCACUAAUUUACACUUGGUGUAUCACAGUAGUCGAAUGGGUGGUUAUUUAUCUACCAUCCAACUUCGUCUAACUCCAGAUGAGGUUCCAUCAAGUUUGCGUUUCAUUCACCUUAGGAUAUCUAUUGAGGGAAUUUUGUUCGAUAAAACUUUUGAAGCUGCUCCUGCAAUUAAAUUCACUUAUUCUUGGGAUCGAAGAAAUAUUUAUCGACAAAAAGUUUAUGGAGCAGCUACAGCUACAGUUUAUGUUGGUUAUGAAUAUAUUUCAUGCCCUCGUAUAAUAUGGGAAGUACAAACUACUCAAGUCAGUGGCCAUGACAUGAGCAUAUCUGAAAUUGGAGGAUGGAAUUUAGACAUUCAUCACCGAUAUAAUUUCCAUGAAGGUAUUCUUCAAAAGGGAGAUGGCACAAACAUUUACCUGAAAAACAAACCUAGAGUUCUUGUUACAACUAUGGGGGACGGUCAUCAAAGACCUAUGCAUUGUCAUCAGUGCGAUGGUGCUGCUAAAAAACAAAGACUGUUAGCCCCUGUUGCUCUUGCUGCUGCUCCUGAUGGAAGUCUGUAUGUAGGAGAUUUUAAUUUGAUUCGACGUAUUUCUUUGGAUGGCCAUGUGACAACAGUCGUAGAACUUAGUGCUGCUCAAGUAGCUUACAGAUACCAUUUGGCAGUAGGCCCUGCAGAUAGUAAAUUGUAUAUUUCUGAUCCUGAGAAGCACCAAGUAUUUCGUGCAAUUGAUUAUAUCAAUAUUCCUGAUGUAAAAAAUAAUAUUGAGGCAGUUGUAGGCAGUGGUGCAAAAUGCCUUCCUGGUGAUAAAGUGCUUUGUGGUGAUGGGCGAAAAGCACGAGAUGCAAAACUUGCAUAUCCAAAAGGUCUUGCAAUAUCUGCUUUUGGUGAAAUAUACAUUGCUGAUGGAACAAACAUAAGAAUGGUUGAUCGAAGUGGUAUAAUACAUACGAUAGUAGGAGAUCACUAUCAUAAAAGCCAUUGGAAGCCUUUUCCAUGUGGAAGAACAGUGUCUUUAGCUCAGGUUCAUUUGAGGUGGCCUACUGAAAUGGCUAUAAAUCCAUUAGAUAAUUCUUUGCACAUAUUAGAUGAUCAUAUAGUUUUGCGUCUAACACCUGAUAAGCGGCUGAAAGUGAUUGCUGGGAGACCUAUGCAGUGUCCUGUAUUACCACCAUCUUCUGAAAAGUCUGACAUAGCAACUGAAACCUAUCUUGAAUCUCCACAAAGUAUUUCCUUCUCACCAAAUGGAGAUUUGUAUAUUGCAGAAAGUGAUUCUCAGUUAAUUAACAGAGUAAAGGUAGUAAGCAGUGAGGGCAGGAUUGUAACUUACGCUGGUGCAGAAUCAAAAUGUAGUUGUAUAGAUGCAAAGUGUAGUUGCUUUGAUGAAGACCAUUAUUUAGCAUCUAAAUCUCAGUUAAGCACAAUAUCGUCCAUAGCGAUAACACCUGAUAAUUGCCUGCACAUAUGUGAUCAAGGUAAUCUGCGAAUUCGUUCAGUUGUAACCUCUUUGCCCAAAGCAAAUGAGCUGGGAGAAUUUCACAUUUAUUCUUCAGAAACUCAAGAAAUUUAUAUUUUUAAUCGUCAUGGCCAACAUACUUCAACUAAAAAUAUUCUUACUGGAAAAACAAAGUAUCUAUUUUCAUAUAAUGUUAAUACUAGCUUAGGAAAACUCAGUACUGUUACUGAUGAAGCUGGGAAUAAAAUAUAUAUCCUAAGAGAUUACAGCAAUCAAGUGAAUACAAUUGAAAAUACGCAAGGUGGCAAAUGUCACUUAGAGAUGUCUAGAAUGCAAAUGUUGCAAGGAUUCACUACACCUGAUAAUUUUAAAACAUCUUUUGAGUAUCAAGGAAGCACUGGUUUGUUGAGAAGCAAACUGGACAGCUCAAGAAAAGCAUAUGUGUAUAACUAUGAUAGUUAUGGCAGGCUUAUACAUGCAAUUACACCAACUGGUCAAGCCAUCAAACUCAUAUACAACUUGAGCAUCAAAGGAGCUUCUGUAACUGUAACACAGAAUGACAAAGAAGUGCUGUCGUUAUUAAUCAGAGGUUUAGAUGUAAUAAAAGAAACAGGUCUUAUGCUGCAGCGCAUUACACAAUUCCAAGAUGGCAGUCUCAUUUUGGCUCUGGAUGAUUCUAAGAUUAUUGAAAUGGAAACAGUUCCAAGCCCUGUUAUAACAGAUCAGAAUGAAAUAUUAGGAGAAAUAUUUCCUGUUCCUGCUAAACUUAAAGCUACCUUGAGUGAUGAUGUAAUUCAGAGAUUUGAAUGGAAAUAUUAUCUUCGAAGAGAGGGGAAAGGAAAGAAUAGACAGAUUACUCAAGUUGGUCGUAAAAUGAAAGUAAAUGGAGAAAUAUUAGUUGCUGUUGAGUUUGAUCGAGAACAGUAUAGUGAAAUUGUGUAUGACAAGAAUCAAAUUCCUCUCAUAACUGUGCAUUAUGAUGAACUGGGUCGACCUGUGCAGUGGCAGCCAAGCCAAAAUAUCACCCCUGUUCAGCUGAAAUAUGACAAAUUUGGACGACUGGAACGAUGGGAAAGAGGUUCGCUUUCUGAACGAUAUUCAUUUGACAUCAAUGGACGUUUGGCAGAUAUUCGUUUCUCAGACAGUAGUGGCAUUAUGUACAAAUAUGAUGAUGGACCAGCUGCAUUACCUACGGAAGUCAUUCUUCCUAGCGGAAGUCGUUACCUGUUACAGUAUGAUUCUGUUGGAAGCCUGCAAAACAUCAUUAUGCCAAACGGUCAUAAACACGAAAUUGCUAUUCAGAUUUCAUUUGGUUUUUAUAAGCAGCUUUAUUUGUCGCCAGGUGUAAAAUAUCCAUACAUUAUUCACACAAAUGAACUUAAUCAGGUUUUAGUUAAACAGCUACCAAAAAAUAAAGGAAGAGUUAUUUAUAAAUAUGAUGAAGGAGGACUGCUUUCCACUCAAGUUUGUGGCAGUGAACAGACUGAUUUUACAUAUUAUGAACAGAAAUCAUUGCUAAAAUCUGUGGUGAAAGUUGCAUCCGGAAUAGAAUUGAAGAUAGAAUACAGAUACCAUGGUUCACUGCUAAAAGAAGAGAGACAUAGGUUUAGCAGCCGAAGUGGCAUGGAUAGUGCAAAGUUCAAGUUUGUUUAUGAUGGUCGAUUGUCAUCAGCUAUUGUUGAAAUCAACAGUAAAAGUUCAUCAGAAAUAAAAUAUCGGUACAAUACUGAAACUGGCAUACUUGAACAAAUUCAGCAUUUUAUAAUACACAGACCAAAAAUUAAUAGUAUAUUCAUACAAGAUGAAAUGAGGCAAUAUUCUAAGACUAUUGGCUUAGAUGCUUAUGGUAGGAUUGUUGUUCUUGCUGUAACAUUAUGGAAUAAAGAGAUAUAUUCCCUAAAUCUUUUGUAUGAUAAUCGCAAUAGGGUGAAACAAUCACGUAUGAAAAUAGGGCGUGAAGGAAUGAUAAAUGUAUCUAAUUAUACUUAUACAUUAGAUGGUUUUAUAGAAGAAGUGACUGGCAAUGAUAAGUGGAAAUUUUCUUAUGACAUUAAUGGCAAUCUUAAUAGUAUCUUCGAUGGACAGCAUCAGUUGUCCUUACGCUAUGAUGACAGUGAUCGCUUAUUAGCAUAUGGUGAAUCUCUAUCUUAUUCUGUUGAUGACAGAGGAUUUAUAGUUCAAAGAGGUGAAGAAAAAUUCCGGUUUAAUGCUGAUGGUCAAAUGACACAUGCAUUUCAGCUUCAUCAAUAUGAAACAUUUUACUAUUAUGAUCACAGAAAUAGAUUGGUUGCACGCAAGGACCAUAGAGGAAAUGUUACUCAAUAUUUUUAUUCUGAUCCAUUGCACCCUGAUCGCCUUACCCACCUCCAUUACCCUAAAGAUGAGAUGACCUUUAUGUAUAUAUAUGAUAGUAGUGGUCAUUUAAUGUAUGUACAGCAAGAUGGAGUAAAAUACUAUGUUGCUAGCGAUCACCUAGGAACACCAGUUGCAUUGUUUAAUGCUGAAGGUGCGAUUAUCAAAGAAAUGAGCCGUACACCAUUUGGUAGAAUGUUGUCUGACAACAAUCCUGAUUUUUAUCUUCCUGUAGACUUCCAAGGUGGUAUUAGAGAUCCCCUUACAAAUUUAAUACAUUAUGGUGGUCGUGUAUAUGAUCCUCUUGCAACUCAGUGGCUUGUUCCUGAUCUGAAUGUGAUCCAACAUAAGUUAAAAGCACCAUAUAGUUUACAUCUGCAUAGAUUCCAUGGUAAUGAUCCUAUCAAUCCUUAUCAAGAAAUAAAUCAUCUUACUGAUUUGGAAGAUUGGCUGUCUGUAGUUGGAUUUGAUACAAAUAGCAUAUUGUCAUCUCUAUGCCCUUUGGAAAGAUGCAGCAAGUUCUCCUAUCUGUAUGAGAGCCCGCCGGCAAUAUCUGGUAUUGCCUGUGCUGUGAAUGCCCUGUCAACCGAAUUUCACAGAUUCUCCACUGUUCCUAAAACAGAAGUUAAAAUUAGUAACAAUUUCCCUCGCACUAUUAGCCCUCGACUUACCACUAUACAAUCUGUUCUUGGAGAUGGUAUACUGUUGUCAAAUCAUCAUGGUAAAGCAUUUGUAAAUACAGUUUCUGAUGGGCCUACAAUACUGAGAGAUGUUGUUGUCACUGUUUUUAAUGAAACAAAUAUGCUUAACUUAUGCUUUUCAAGAAAUGGGCAAGAUGCAUUUUAUUUUGUGCAAGAGGAUGCAAGCAGAGCUCAACGAAAUUGGGAUCAGUUGCAAAGAUUGGGUACAAUGUUUAAUGUGACAAUGCAUAAUGUAGAUCCCAGUGAGGGAAGCAGUGGUCAAGUAGAUAUUAAACUGCAGAGCCCAAGCAUGAUUUUAAAUAUAAGGUAUGGGUCAACAGUGGAUGAUGAAUACAAGCGGUUGGUUCGUCUUGGGAAACGGCGUGCAAUUGAGGAAGCAUGGCAGCUUGAAAAACAGUUGGCUGUCAGUGGACAUAAAGGAAUGUAUGACUGGUCUAAGAUAGAAAAAGAUGAGCUUAUAUCAAGUGGUAGCGUUGCUAAAUAUCAUGGUGCUUACAUACAUGAUGUUAGUCAAUUUCCAGAACUGAUAGAUGAUCCCACCAAUAUUAUCUUCAAGAAAGAAAGCUCAAGAAAACGGCGUAACAGACCACGAAAACCAAAAUAGAGAUCACUUACGUAAAGUUUUAUUCAUCUUUCUUAUUUUUAAACUGCAGUUGCUGAUGGGUUAACUUUUCUGUUCUUCUGGUUUAAGCCAUCAUUUAGCAACUUCAUUUGGUCACAUUCACUCAUUUGACUGAAUGUCCCCUGUGAUUCUGACCCAUGUUGGGUUAUUGACAUUUCAAAAUAUCCAUUGUACUAAGGUACAAUUUGAGAAGCUUUAUGAUAUCCUGUCCGAAUUUUGCACAUCGACUUCCAAAACACACUUUUAUGAGCUACAUUCAGAGGUGAGAGUAAUCGAAUGCACUUUUGACUGUAUAAAAAAAUUUCACUUAUAUGAUGUACUGAUAUAUUAUGUAAAAUACUGUGAUUAUAGAUGACUAAUUUAUCAUUUCUGAUGAUAUCGUAUAUAGCAGCAGACUUGUGCUGAAAUGUCAGGGUCCAUGAUGAUUUAAUGUAAAUGCAGUACACAUGAAUAUAUAUAUGCAUAUUUGUUUAUAAUUUACUUAACAUAGAGCAUGGCAUGAUAAUUUAAGAUUGUUUUCCUUAUCUCUUAAGGUCAUACCAUUGAAUGUAAUUAAUAUAGUGUUCUGCUAAAGCCAAAAAUUGAGUAGACACAAAAUUUAAAUACUAAUGGCUGUCAAACAGGGACUGAAACGAAUGGUCUAGUGAUGACUUAUAGUUAUUGUGCCAUGUUUUUUGUCUAGAAAUUUAUAGUUGUCUUACUUUUAAGAUCAUCUUCUUUCACUGCAAAAUACUUAAAUAUUGUGCUGUAUAAUUUUUCUUCAUCACGUUGUCUGCAUAGUAAUUUAAAAUACUUCUUUAAUUAGAAGCCACAAAUCAAAAUUAGUGGUUUCUUAGACUAACAAAUCUAGGUUUUGUGAAAAUAUAAUUCAGAAAACUGAUAAGAGUUUACUAGCUGAUAUUUUAUGAAGUCAUCAUGUCAGCAAUGGCUAUAGUACACUUCUUUUAAAGGACUUUAUGCAUGCCUAGAGCAUUUUAGUUUUUCCUGCAAAAUUUUCUAUUCUACAUGAAUUUGCUUUCUGUCAUGCUAGAGUUGUAGGGAAUGGUCAUGUAUGCAUUUUUUGAAUUUUUUUUUUCACUUCUUACAUUCACGGAAAUCAAAUAAGAAAUAAAGUUUACCUAUCCAUCAAUUUACAACAUUUACGAUUUCACUCAUUGAUUCUGCACAUCUGAUGACAAUUGCAUACUUUACAGUUGUAAAUACUUCAAAAAUUUAAUGACUGAAUUAAAUAAGAGUGAUUAAUGAAUGGCAAAUUAAAUUAAAUAAGAAUUGUAACUGCUGCCAAGGGACUGUGAGAAACUUCUGGAUGGUUGUUGUUGCAUUUUAUUUGAUCGAAUUUACAACUUGAGUUAAUCUUUAUUUUAAAUUCUUCCAUUAUGAGUAGUAGUAAAUCAAGUCUCUUUUAAAUAGUUGAUGCACUCUAAUUAACAUUUUUAAGUAUCCAGUAUGUCUUUAACAGUAUUUUAUUAUCCUGCUCCAUUAUAUUUGUUCCCAUAAGUAUUCCUGUUUUUCCAAUAAAUAUUGUUAUAUUUUUAUAUUAAAUAUUUAGCUUUUUUGUAGUACAAUUAAAAGCAAAAUACUGUGCAAUGCCAUUCUUUUAAUUUGCACUUUUUUAUUUAAAAAAAUAAUUUGUUACUUAUUACUCCUUCACUGUGGCCUUUGAUUUUUAUUUUACCUGCUUCAAGAAAUAUAUAACUUUAAAUAUAAAUUAUUGUUAUAAGCAAAAUAUAAAUUAUUGUUAUAAGUAAGCAUUUUGUAUAAUAUCUUUUUAAGGGGAAAAAAUUGCUACCUUAUAAGUGUUUAAUUGUGUACUUUUAUUCAAAGAAUGAAAGGAAUCUGAAUGAGUACUUUUACUCCCACCUCUGGCUACACACUAAUGCUUUAUAAAUCAGUGACUAGUUAUCUUAUAUGUGUGUGUAUGUGUGUGUGUGGUUCUACAAAGACGCUGGUGCUGUUGCACAACCCACAGGGUAAUGAAAAGAUUAUUCUUUUUAUGCUAUGAUUAUUGGAAAUGAAGCCAUGAACUUUUCCAUAAAUCAUUUUUGAAUUUGUAAAAAGAAUAGUGCACAAUCAGGUCUGCAAAUUUAUAUUUGAUUGAUGAGAGCCAUGUAUGUUAAUAAACUGUAUAUUAAAUUUUUAAUAUGU